AUGCAAGGAAGUGCUCGGAGACUUGGAGAAUGGACGAGUGUGUUAAAAGAAGCUGAAGCAGCAACUAGUCGUGGAGCUGAGGCGUCUGCUCAGCUAUUUGCGUGUCAAGCGGAAGCUCAUUUGAAGCUACAUCAAUUAACGGAUGCUGAAUUGUGGAUGUAUAAAGCUAAGAUGUAUGAGGCAUCUGCGAGAGCAUACAAGUCAAAAAAUUUCGGGAUGAUAUCUGAAGCAUACAUAUUAUUUGUCCAAGCUCAGAUCGAGAACACUCUUGGAAAGUUUGAUAAUGCGUGUGCUGCGAUUGAAAGAGCUGCACAAGUUGAUCUUCAAAGUAGUGAAGUUAUUGGUUUACUAAAAAACAUGAGGUUGGUGGGGCGAGCUCGUUCUCUUGGAAACGAGUUAUUUAAAUCUGGAAGAUAUAUAGAAGCUUGUAGUGCUUACGGUGAAGGGCUUUCGUGUGAUUCUUUGGAUCCGAUUCUCUACUGCAAUAGAGCAGCUUGCUGGUAUAAACUUAAAAAGUGGGAAAAAUCUUUGGAUGAUUGCAACCGUGCUCUCCUUAUCCGGCCACAACAUACUAAAGCUCUUUUACGAAAAGCUGCCUCAAAUAUCAAGCUGGGAAGAUGGGCUGACGCUGUGAGAGAUUAUGAGAUUCUGUGGCAGGAACUUCCAAGUAGCGAAGAGGUUGCUGAAAAUUUAUCCCAUGCCCGAGCUGAAUUAACGAAGUCACACAGAGAAGGUAAUGGCAUGGUGGAGUUGGUUUCAGAUGUUGACAAGUUCCGGGCUGCGAUUGCAUCUGGUGCAUCUGUGGUCUAUUUUCAUGAAUUAUCCGAUCCACUAUGCACGUGGAAGUCCUACGUCAUGGGUACCUUGAGCGCCAAAUAUCAUUCAGUAAUUUUUCUCAAGGUGGACAUGAAACAGAGCCCAGCAAUCGCUACAGCAGAGAAUAUUACAGUAGCAUCUACAUUUAAGCUUUACAAGGACGGCAGUUGUAAGGUGGAUAUGGUUACCGCAACUCCAGAUUUGUUGGAGUUCUCGAUUAGGGACACCCUCUUAUGUCCCAUCUAG